GUAUCGACGGGGGAGAAUUGGCCGCAGCCAGCAAGGAGACGCGCCCAAGGCGGCGGCGUCGAGUAGAAGGGACGCGUCGGCAACGAAGUCAGACGCCCCACAAGACGGGUGCGCAGUACACCACGGCAUGGAGAUGCACUGAAGGAGAUGCAUGCACGUGCAACAGCCGUGUUCUUUUCUUCUUAUAUGGUAUGUAUAGUUUAUUCUUAACAGGUUUCAGGGAGGAUGCACCCGGAGGAGAAGACAACGGCUCGCGCGACGGAAGUCAGGCGUGCCCACGGAGACAGUGCGUACGUACACAUGCGAGAGGAUGUGGCAGCGGCAGUGACACCCAUCCGAGCUCGACGACGGCGACGGCAACACACGCGAGGCCGAGCUAGCUCACGGCGAGCAUGCAGAUGGUCGAGGAGACGGAGAAACAGGAGCGUACCAAGCCCCAUUGACCAACUUUAUUUGUUACUAUAUGUCUUCUAUCUAUCAGGUGCUACAUAAAAGGGCAAGGCAAGAAUAACCAAGUCGGAGUGCCACGCAGCUGAAGGCCAUGCAUCUGCCAGCAGCAAAGCCAUCAACCGGGAGACCAUGGAGAUGAAGAAAGCUGGGCACUCAGGAGAUAUGUGCAACGGCUAGUACGUCCUCUUCUUUCUCUAUCGUACGUACGUUCUUUUUUCAUGUACCAGGUGCAACGGAGGCGGCGCACGACGCGCCCAAAGGAGGUGGCUGCGAACGAUGAGACGAUCUUCUCGUAGGAGCAGUUGAGGCGGUGGACGACGCGCCCAAUGGAGGUGGCCGCGGACAAAGUGACGCUCUUCCCGUACAAGGUGUUGUCGAGGCGGUUGACGACGCGCCCAACGGAGGUGGCCGCGGACGAUGCAUCGCUCUUCUCGUACCAGGUGCUAUCGAGGCGGCGGACGAUGCGCCCGACGGUGGUGGCCAUGGACGAAGCGUCACUCUUUCUUGUACCAGAUACAAUGAAGAUGGCGGACGACGGCACGGGACAAGGAGACCGCGUCAACAACGCCAGGCCCAUUGCCAACAUCAUCGACCCACUGCCGCAGAGGAUUGCAGUGUGGAGCUCGCAAGGAGGAUGUAGGUGUGGCGCUCGUUGGGGACGCCAUCGACGUCUGCUUCGUCAAGAUGGAGCCAGGAGGCGUGGAGGCUAGCAAGGAUGUCGCCGCCUUUCCGCGGUGGAUGGACGGAGCUUGCUAGGACGACGCAUGUCGUCUUCUUCAACAAGCUGGCGUCACGAAGGACGAAGGUGUGGAGACUUGCGAGGAUGCCGCCGCCGUGCCGCGUUGGAUGGCGACACCGAGCUCGCUAGGACAACAUCCAUCGUCAACAUCAACAAGCUGGUGUUGCGGUGGAUGGAGGCGUGGAGCUCGCAAGACGACACCACCGAUGUCUACCUCAUCAAGACGGAGCCCACGACGCAGGAGUCCAUGAAGAUGACACACACACCCCCGGUGCUGCCCGCAACACGGAUCCCGUGAUACGAAGAAGAUGGUGCUACGCGAUGACACGUCUUCACCGACCCUUACCACGAUCAUGCAAUGUGUUUCCUUUGUCUUGGCGGCCCACCGAAUAUGGUGUCCAGCCGAGACGAGGUGCACUCUUCAUGGCGUACAGGUUUCGGCGUAGGGGCAACGUGCCCUUUGUCUUAGCAGACCACCGAAUACGGCGUCUAGCUAGGACGGGGUAUCAACCACGCCCUUCCAUGAUGUCACCUUUCUUCGGCACCGCGAUGCUUUGCCCUUGUCUUGUUGGACCACCGAAUACGGCGUCCAAACGAGACGAGGUGCACCAUUCAUUGCAUCAGGUCUCGUUUGUCGUACGGGUGGCGUGAUCCUUGUCUUAGCAGACCACCAAAUACGGCGUCUAGCUAAGACGGGGCAUCAACCACGCCCCUCCAUGAUGUUACCUUUCUUCGGCCCCGCAGCGUGAUCCUUGUUUUGCCAGACCACCGAAUACAGCGUCUAGGCAAGACGAGGCAUCCACCACGCUCCUCUAAGAUGUUACCUUCCACGGUCUCGUGAGGCGGAGUCUUUGUCUUCACAGACUGUCGUAACCUCGGCGUCUAGUCGAGACGAGGCACCUACCAAACUGGCAUUGCCGAUAUGAGCGAGCGUUGGUUUUACACCGACGCCGAUCUCCAUAAGAAUACUCCCGUGAGGCGAACCCCUUGCGUACCCCGACGAAACCGCUACAUCGUCAAGAAGUCUAAGCAGAGCAGGACCCAUGCAACUUCAACACCGACUACAUCGCUGUCAAGACCGAUGAGGCGCGACGGCGAGGGUGAACGUGGCCGACACAGAGCCAUGUUUUGAGCGGCACGUGUACCGACGAGGACACGGGCUUUGCCGUCGCCCACACCACACACACACACCAGCAUCAUCAUGCAUGGAGAACGCGAAGCGAAGACGACCACACGGCUUAAUCAGAGGUAUCUCGCGGAGCAACCCGCGGGAGUAAUUAACCGGGAGCUUUUCGAGGCCCCGGGAACCAGGAGACCGCACAUCGUCAUAGUCAUGCAGGCCGCGCUAGUAGGCCACGGAGCGCAAUCAUUUUUUAGGGAAUCUUGUAAUUUUGUUCAUCCAAAGAGAUAAAUGAAAUACUUGUGUCCCGUAUCAGUUUUCUUUGUGUACUAUAGUACACUCGCACGCCCGCAACAUUUAUUUUCCCUUGGAGCGUAGAGAGAUAAUAAUGCAAUAACUAAUGUUAUUUUUUAUUAUUUCUCGUGUCAAACAGUGGGACUUACGUAUAAGUUUUUCCUCCUUUGCAAUGAAUACCUUUAUAUGCCCGUGGGUAAUUCACCUAGUUUCUAACUAUACAUCAUUUUUAGCUUUGUAUUUGAUAUGCAAUGCAGGCUGGAGGGUUCCUUGAGCCGGAGAUCAUCCACUACAACCCCAAGGACUUCGAUCUCGGCAAAAAGAAGGCCUUCCCCUUUAGAGACCAGCAUUUCUUCGCCUCGGUGGAGAAAGCCAACAAGGACAUCGGGGUUACGCCGGAGUACGACCUCCUCGACGGCUUGACGGACUCGUACAACCUCGACUUUGGCCGCGGGAGCUUCAGGAAGGAGGCUGACUUCACCACGAACGACAUGAUCCUCGGCAAGAAGCUCGUGAGCGUCUGAGUCCACCUGAGGCGUGCACGGAUGGGCACAUGGCUCAUGGCAGUUCAAAGUGUGUGGCAACUGCGUAUGCCGUGUGCAUAUGUAGCACAGGGAAGACGAUCCCAGUUUUGGGAUAUAGGUUGAGGUUCACUCAUCCGAUGAAAUGUACUGCUGACACCUACUUCUCUCCUUGUGGCAUUUGGUUUACUUUAGUUCAAUUUAUACUGUUUAUAAUGUUAUUGGUUUUCUACUAUCCGAACCCAAA